UAAGUAUGGGCCGUGCAGCGAAACGUGUAACGUUCUGCGAGCGGGCAGCCUACAGCUGUCUAAUAAUAGCUCUGCUGCUAACACUGUGCAUAGACGAUGCGAGCAGUCAAAUACCACGCCGACGUCCCCGCAAUGACAAAUGCCCUAAGGUGCGUGCGAUGCGCAACUUUGGGCUGAACGCAAUGAUGGGCUCCUGGUACGUGAUACAGUACUUUGCCUCGACCGAGAUGUUUCCGGAGUAUGGGUGUAUGCGCGGUUCGUUCGUCACCUCGGACGGGUUCGUGACGAUGAACUUCACGUACGUGUUCCUGGAGGACCCGCAGGCCACCUUCCAGCAGGGUAACAUCACCUGGAUCAUACCGGACUAUGCGCAACCGGCACACUGGGUGCAUGCCGAAAGUAGCUAUGAGGAGAUCUACAACACGUACGUGAUCGAUACGGACUAUCGUUCAUGGGCGCUCAUAAUGCACUGCGCGGAGAAGACAAAAUCGCAAAAGUAUCUGUCGGCGCUGAUGCUCGCCCGAGAACCAACGCUCGGCCAAAACGUGAUCAAUUUCCUACGCGAGAAGCUGCCACGGUACGAUAUCGAUGUGGAGAACAUGUUUCCCAUACCGCAGGACAACUGUACCAGGAUGGGGGUCGAUGCAUACGCUUACUACGCGUACAACACGUCUUAG